AUGAGACUUCAUCUACAUGUACAACUAGUAUGGCCGUUGUUUCUCUUGCUACCACUGCUGGCCCAGGUCCAUUCCUUGUCUUCUAUCAGUUGCCGUAGUAUUCAAACGAGAAAGAGCACUCUCUAUUCCAAAGAUGGAAAACACGUCAUUGGAUCUCUGGUGGAACGACGCGACGUCCACAAAGCAAGGCAUGAAGUGAUACUACUAUCAGGAGCAGAUUCGUCGUCUUCUCCUACUUUGCUGCAGUUGAUAAUUCCCUUUUUCGACCAAGCCGACAGUGUCGGAAGUUCCAUAUGGCCAUCGUGUUUGGCCGGUGCCAUUUUACUGUGUCACAGCCCGACACUCCAGCGGGCGUUACACGACAAGAGAAUCCUCGAGUUGGGGACCGGAUUGGGGUUGGGCGGUCUCGUGGCGGCCGCCGUCACGUCGCCCAAGGCGUGUGUCUUGACCGACAAUGAUGCCGAUCUGGUACAACGACUACAAGAUCACAUCAUCACGACACAACAACAAGAAUCAGAACAACAGACCAAUGAUUGUGACAUUUUGGCGAAACAAUUGGAUUGGAGAGACGACAACAAUCAUGAUGAUGACGACGACGACGACGACGGUUACGAUGUGGUGUUGGGAUUUGACGUUGCCUAUUACUAUCACUUGGUCGCUCCCCUCGUUGCCACAGCCCGGGCCAAUCUGCCACCCACCAAAGAAAAACAGCUGCUCCUCGUCCUGGGACAAGCCAAUCGAGAAUCCCAGUGGCAACUCUACCAUCAUGUACGGGAUGGAGGAUACAAUCCCGUGACGGAUCUACACGAACCGCCCUGGUCUGAAGUCGACAGUAGUACCACUAAAAUGUUAUUGUAUGAAUUGCAAAUGCAAACGUGGCAAGACGAAACUGUAACAGAAGAAGAAGCUCCUGUUGACGGCAACAUUCCCAUUGCCGCAUUGCUACACACCACGGAGGAAUCAUUAGUGAUGAUCACACCUCACGAUUAUGUUGCCACAGAACAAGAUGAAGAAGCGCAAAUGAUGUCCUUCUAG